CUGUCGUCUUCACCUUCGAGAGCUCUCUGUCUCUGUCUCUGUCUGUCUCUUCAUGGAGAGGCACAUCCAAACCCUUCUCAACCGCUUAUCCUACGCGUCCAUCACCAUGGCCACCGUCACCUUGAUCUUACUCUUCUCUCAAUCCCCUUCCCAAUGCACAACCGGGCCCCACCACCCCUACCAUAUCCCCUUUCCCAAAUCCUCCUGCCAAUCCAACCAACGCCAAAUCCUCACCGUCCAAAAGAAGACCCAAAAACUCCACUCCUCCUCCCACUGGCGCAACAUGGUGGCCGCCCACAUCCCAUACUUCCAGACCCUUCGAUCAAAAGGAUUCGUAUCCAACGAUUCCAACGUCCUCUGCGUCUCCGCCGGAGCCGGCCACGAAGUCAUGGCCCUGAUGGAGACCGGCGUCGAUGACGUCACCGGUGUGGAGGUCAUUGACUCCCCGCCGCUCGUGAGCCGGGCCGACCCGCACGAUCUCCCGUUCUUCGACGGGGUCUUUGACAUUGGGUUCAGCGCUCACCUGGGGGAAUCGCUCUUCCCGGAUCGGUUCGUGGCGGAGCUGGAACGGACUCUCAGGAUUGGCGGGGCUUGCAUUCUGUUGGUGGAGAUGGGGGAGGACGUUGGCGCAAUUAGGGGUUUGUUUCAGGGGUCGACGUUUGUGGGAUCGGAGAAUGUUACGUUGGUGGGGUCGAAAUUCAUGCAGAUUAUAAUGAGAAAGAAGAAAUUUUCUUGAGAACCUUAGAUAUUCAAGAAAACCAAAGAAGAAGAAGAAGAAGAAGAGGACAGAGAGCAUACUGAAUCAUGCAGAUUCUAUUAUAAUAUUCUAAGUGGGGCAAGCAAAUAGAUGGUUAGAACUAAAGAUGAAGCCCAUUUCAAAUUCUACACGAAAUGUCCAGUAACUAAGAAGCUAAAAGCACAAAGGUCAGAUGGGACCCAUGAUUUCUUAACACACAAGAAAGAAAAGCUAGGAACCUAAAAUGUCAAUUUCAUGUUAUUAUCGACUUUUCAACAUUUUCAUGAAAAAUUGCAUUCUAGACCAGAUGUAUUAGUACACCAUACAUUGGGACUAUAUAUGUUGGAUCUAAUGUCUGAUAACCAUUUGCAACAUGGGUGGUCCCCGAUUUGAGUACCUUAAGCAAUUUGAUUAUUUUGACA